AUGGGGAUAUCACCAUCAAAACGAGUACGCCACCAUUUCCGCACCACCCCAGAAUUCACCUCAUCCUGCAACACCAUCUUCUCCGAUCUCCAAUCUCUAACUCAACAAACUUCCCACAACAACAUCUUCGCCUACCAACUCUCCGACGCUUCCAUCCGCCUCCACACCUCCCUCCUAAAUUCUCUCUCCUCCCCUAUCCUCAAAACGUGGUGUCCUUCACCUCCCUCACGCGCGCAAGUCGACGGCGCGUACCGAUCACUUCGAAAGAGUUUUUCGGCGGAAGGAACGCUGAGUUCCGACGAGUUUCGAGAGUUUGCUGUAGUUUUGUUCGCCGAUGCUGUUGUUUCGAAUGCGUCGAGAAUUGUGGCGAGUAGGGUUUGUGUUGGAGUUGCGGGGAUUGGUGGAGUUGGAAUGGUGGCCAGAGUUGGGGGUGGUUUGAUUGGAUCUGUUAUUGGUGUUUAUGCUCUUGGGGUUGCUACUUCUGUUUAUGUUAGCUUGGGUUAG